AAGAGUAUCAACCUAUUGAGACUGCGUGACUGCAUCUGCUUCCUGCCCGAGUCCCGAAUCCAACUCCGCAGCCCGCCGCACAUUCGCUCAAGCCUCGGAGUGCCACAGAUCAAACGAGAUGAUCAGAUAAGAUCAAAAUUCGCGCAGAACCGCGAUUACGCGAUCAGAUUAGAUCCCCAAUCUCCGCCGGACGUCAUCAUCGCCAUCCAUCGCCAUCCAUCACUCGCGCCGCUUCAAUUCUCUCACCUACACCUACAACCCCAUGUCCACCCAGACAUGAAGCAUGCCACGGCCCGCGCACCCCCUCCCAACACCACGGCGCCUCCGCCUCCCCACCACCAGCCAAUGCCGUCCGCAGCAGCAGCAGCAGCAGCAGCAGCAACAACAAUGGCGCACCUUCCACGCCUCGCGCCCCCGCAAUGAGAGCCUACCCGACCACUACCAAGCCCUGGAGCUAUCGCCCAGCGCCUCCCCCGCCGACAUAAAACGCCAAUUCUACUCCCUCUCCAAAAAGCACCACCCCGACCGCAACCGCGGCGACCCCGCCGCCUCCUCCCGCUUCGUCCACAUCAGCGAAGCCUACCACGUGCUGGGGUCUCCGGAAAAACGGCAGCGCUACGACCGGGACUACCAGCGCGUCCACAACAUCCCCUCGCAAAGCGCACACACACACGGCCACCACAGCGCCGGGGGGGCAGCCGCCUACGCGGGCCCCGCAGGCGCGCGCCCCGCGUCCGGCCUCUCGCGCCGCCGCGCCCAGUUCCGCGGCCCGCCCCCCUCCUUCUACCGCAACGGGGCGUGGGGCGCCCACGCCGAGAAGCGCGGCGCCGCCGCCGCAGGCGCUGCGCACGCCGCGUACGAGGCUGCGGCCGCGGAUGCCGCUGAGGCUUGGAAUGCGGCUGCGGGGCCGGCGGGCACCGGGGGCGGGUUUGGGCCCGGCCAGGCGACGCGCGGCUGGGACGCCGGCGUGCCGCAUUGGGAUCGGCGCGGGCAUGCGCGCACGCAGGAGAGCGUUGCCGCGAGCGUGGCGCGCAGUCGGUGGCGUAGGGGCGUGCAGCGCGAGGUGGUGGAUCCGUUGGGCGGAGGGUGGAGCGGGCUUGUGAAUUUUGUGGUUGUCAGUUCGGCGGUGGCGUUUGUAGCGGGGAUUCCGGCGUACUUUUAUAGUCGGACGCCUUGA